GUACAACAGCAAUUUUAACAUACGUCGCCGACAAAGGUUUGGGCCAAAUAUUUUCUUGAGAUAUUAACAAUAUAGUUUGGGUCUGCCAUGGCUUAUGAUGAUGCAAAACUAAUCAGUCUUAUAAAAGCGAAUGAAGUCCUUUACAACAGAAACCACCCACUUGCCAACACAAAACACAAGAAAACUAUAUGGCAAAAAUUAGCCGAUGAAAUGGGAUUAUCUGUUGAACGUGUUAAUACACGGUACCGCACUUUGCGAGACCGCUUCGUACGAUAUAAACGUUCGCUCAUAACAAAGGGUCCAGAUAAUAAUUAUGAUAUGGCUAUAAUGAACAGAAUGGAAUUUCUAACUCCUUUUAUAUUUAUAAGAUCCAGCGGUGGUAAAAUUACUUGGGAAGGCUCCGAACCAAACUUAUGUUUAUCCGGAGAACCCAUCCAUUCGAUAGACGACUCGGAAAAUGAAUCCUCUGCAAAAUAUUUACUUCGCGAACGUGCAAAGAGAAGAUUUAAUGUCGAUUCCUCGGAAGAUAGCAGUGAUACGUAUAUGCCUAAUUCAAAAAAGACCAGGAGACAAGCAGAAAAUUUAUUACAAAAAACCCGAAUGGAAAGUACAAAUGCAAAGAGAAGAGAUGAACAAUCGUUUGAAGAUAAUGCAGAUAGUAAUUCCAAUUUCGAUGAAGAUUUCUAUGAGGCUGUCCAGGGUUUUAUUCAAUUAUGCAAGUCCGAAGAGAGGACACAAAAUAAAGCUUUACAAGGUUUUGGCCAAAUGAUCAUUGCAACGCUUUCCCAAAUGAACACAAGAAAGCAAUCGAGGGCGAUGUCUCUGGUGACCGAAGUGGUAAUGGAAAUGAAAAUGGAAGAUGACAACUAAACUAAGGAAAGGAACAUUAGCACAUGAUUUAUUUUUAUAUAUAAUACCAAUAUCUUCACAAAAUUUAUCACAUGUCGGUUGUCUUGGCCGAAUGAAAAGACUAAAAACUAAACAUUUAAAUGAUAAAUUCGAAUGAGUAGCUGAGAUUUCAAAAUAUUUGUAAUAUCUUGAAAUGUUGUUACUGUAGUUAUAUAAAUCAAAAAUUAAUGUAGAAUAUCUUUCUAAUUUCUUUAAUACUGCAUUGUAAUUUAAGUCGUUUUUAAAAAAAUAUUUGAUAAUUUAUGACAAAAAUUCCAAAUUUUAAAAAAUGUAGCAAUUUGAUUCUUUUUUUUUUAAGUUUGUCCCAGCUAUUCUAGCUGUUACAGUUUUUGCAAUUUGAUGAGCUGAUCUGAGACGAACCUGGGUCUUGAGUAAUAUGCCAUCAAAAGAAAAAUCAAAACAAUAAAAUAUCUCAAUUGUGAUUGAGCUAUUUUUUUGAAAUGUAUAUCUCCGUUAGUGUAUUUUUAAGAGAUUUCAGAUUAACUAUUCUAUAAGUUUCUGUUUUAUGUAUUUAAACGGCUGUAUUCACUUUUCAGUUUUAUUUAGCAAAUCUAUCAAAUAAACCUAUUUCAAAUCUUCA